GCCUUUUGAGAUCAUCAUCCUUCUGACCAUCUUUGCCAACUGUGUGGCGCUGGCCAUCUACCUGCCUAUGCCUGAGGACGACACCAACAUUGCAAACUCCAGCCUGGAGAAGAUGGAAAUCGCCUUCCUGAUCUUCUUUGCCAUUGAGGCGAUGCUCAAGAUAAUUGCCUACGGCUUUCUUUUCCAUACAGACGCCUACCUCCGAAAUGGCUGGAAUGUGCUUGACUUCUCCAUCGUGUCCCUGGGGCUUUUCACCAUGACUCUGGAGCAGAUCAAUGCCAAGGAAGGAGGGUCUUCAGGAGGGAAAGGUGGAUUUGACGUGAAGGCCCUGCGAGCAUUUCGUGUGCUGAGACCCCUGCGGCUGGUGUCUGGAGUGCCAAGUCUUCAGGUUGUCCUGAACUCCAUUAUCAAGGCCAUGGUACCCCUGCUCCACAUCGCCCUGUUGGUCCUCUUCAUGAUCAUUAUCUAUGCCAUUGUUGGGCAAGAGCUGUUCAAGGGCAAGAUGCACAAGACCUGCUACUACAUCGGGACAGAUGUGAUUGCCACGGUGGAGCCAGAGAAGCCAGCCCCAUGUACCAGCUCUGGCCACGGGCGUCAUUGCACUAUCAACGGCACUGAGUGCCGAAGCGGUUGGCCAGGGCCCAACGACGGCAUUACCCACUUUGAUAACUUUGGCUUUGCCAUGCUUACAGUCUACCAGUGCAUCACCAUGGAGGGCUGGACUGAAGUUCUCUACUGGGUGAAUGAUGCCAUUGGGAACGAAUGGCCCUGGAUCUACUUUGUCAGCCUUAUUCUGCUCGGUUCCUUCUUUGUUCUCAACCUCGUACUGGGGGUGCUGAGUGGUGAGUUCACCAAAGAACGUGAGAAGGCCAAGUCACGGGGCACAUUUCAGAAGCUGCGGGAGAAGCAGCAGCUGGAGGAGGAUCUGAAGGGUUACAUGGACUGGAUCACCCACGCUGAAGUCAUGGACAGCGAGCGGGCCAGAGGUGAAGGCAUGAUGCCAUUGGAUGAAGGAGGAUCGGAGACUGAGAGCUUGUAUGAAAUAGAAGGCAUGAACAAAUGGAUUGUCUACUUCCGCCAGUGGAGGCGUUGGAACCGGAUGUUUCGUAGGAAGUGCAGGGAUGUGGUGAAGUCCAAGUUCUUUUACUGGCUUGUUAUACUGCUCGUGGCACUGAACACUCUGUCCAUCGCCUCUGAACACCACUUCCAGCCUGAAUGGCUAACAACAGUGCAAGACAAUGCCAACCGUGUACUGCUGUCCCUCUUUGCGGCUGAAAUGCUGCUGAAGAUGUAUGCGCUGGGCCUGCGCCAGUACUUCAUGUCCCUCUUCAACCGCUUUGACUGCUUUGUGGUGUGUGCGGGGAUCCUGGAGACGAUCCUGGUGGAACUCAGCACCCUGUCACCCCUGGGCAUCUCUGUGCUGCGCUGCAUCCGGCUCCUCCGCAUCUUCAAGAUCACCAGGUACUGGACAUCUCUCAGCAACCUGGUGGCCUCCCUGCUCAACUCAGUCCGCUCUAUUGCCUCCUUGCUCCUUCUCCUCUUCCUCUUCAUUAUUGUCUUUGCCUUGCUGGGCAUGCAGCUCUUUGGAGGCAAGUAUGACUUUGAAAAUAUGGAGGUGUUGCGCAGCACUUUUGACAACUUCCCCCAGGCUCUCAUCAGUGUCUUCCAGAUCCUGACAGGAGAGGACUGGAAUUCAAUCAUGUAUAAUGGGAUCAUGGCCUAUGGGGGCCCAUCCUUCCCUGGCAUGCUGGUCUGCAUCUACUUCAUCAUUCUUUUCGUCUGUGGCAACUAUAUCCUCCUCAAUGUCUUCUUGGCUAUUGCUGUCGAUAACCUGGCCGAGGCUGAAAGUCUGACCUCAGCCCAGAAGGCCAAAGCAGAGGAGCGCAAGCGACGGAAGAUGUCCAGAGGUUACCCAGAGAAGUCUGAAGAUGAGAAGCAGCUGUUGGCAAAGAAGCUUGAGCAGAAAGCAAAGGGAGAAGGGAUUCCCACAACAGCCAAGUUAAAAGUGGACGAAUUUGAAUCCAACGUCAAUGAGAUCAAAGACCCCUACCCUUCUGCUGACUUUCCGGGUGAUGAUGAGGAAGAUGAGCCUGAAAUCCCUCUGAGCCCUCGGCCACGUCCUCUGGCAGAGCUACAGCUGAAAGAGAAGGCUGUGCCUAUGCCUGAAGCCAGCUCCUUCUUCAUCUUCAGCCCCACUAACAAGUUUCGAAUGCUGUGCCACAGGAUUGUCAAUGCCACCUGGUUCACCAACUUCAUCCUGCUCUUCAUCCUGCUCAGCAGCAUCUCACUGGCAGCCGAGGAUCCCAUCCGGGCUGAGUCCUUCCGCAACCAGAUUCUUGGAUAUUUUGACAUUGGCUUCACUUCUGUCUUCACAGUAGAAAUUGUUUUGAAGAUGACAGCGUACGGCGCUUUCCUGCACAAAGGCUCCUUCUGCAGGAACUCCUUCAACAUCCUCGACCUGCUCGUUGUUGCUGUCUCUCUCAUCUCCAUGGGGAUUGAAUCCAGCACCAUCUCAGUGGUGAAGAUCCUCCGGGUGCUGAGAGUAUUGAGGCCUCUGAGAGCUAUUAACAGGGCAAAGGGGCUGAAGCAUGUGGUCCAGUGUGUGUUUGUGGCCAUUAAGACUAUUGGCAACAUUGUGAUCGUCACAACAUUGCUGCAGUUCAUGUUUGCCUGCAUUGGGGUCCAGCUCUUCAAGGGGAAGUUUUACAGCUGUACAGAUCCAUCCAAGCUGACGGAGAAGGAGUGCAGGGGCCAAUUCAUCACCUAUGUGGAUGGAGACCCAACACAGAUUGUGAUGCUUGACCGCAUCUGGUUGCACAAUGACUUCCACUUUGACAACGUCUUCUCGGCCAUGAUGUCACUUUUCACUGUCUCCACCUUCGAGGGCUGGCCAGAGCUUCUGUACAAGGCCAUUGAUACUAACGCUGAGGACACAGGCCCUAUCUAUAACUACCGUGUAGAGAUUGCAAUGUUCUUCAUCAUCUACAUCAUCCUUAUUGCCUUCUUCAUGAUGAACAUCUUUGUGGGCUUUGUCAUCGUCACCUUCCAGGAGCAGGGGGAGAGCGAGUACAAGAACUGUGAGCUGGACAAGAACCAGCGCCAGUGUGUGCAGUACGCGCUGAAAGCUCGCCCAUUGCGGCGCUACAUCCCCAAGAACCCCUACCAGUAUCAGAUCUGGUAUGUGGUCACCUCCUCCUAUUUUGAGUACCUCAUGUUCUUCCGGAUCCUGCUGAACACCAUCUGCCUGGGCAUGCAGCAUUACAACCAGUCUGCAGAAAUGAACCAUGCCUCAGACAUCCUCAACGUGGCCUUCACCGUCCUCUUCACUUUGGAGAUGAUCCUCAAGCUUAUGGCUUUUAAAGCCAAGGGCUACUUCGGGGACCCCUGGAAUGUCUUUGACUUCCUCAUUGUGAUUGGCAGCAUCAUCGAUGUCAUCCUCAGCGAGAUCGAUACCGUUCUUGCUUCCAGUGGUGGAUUGUACUGCCUCGGCGGAGGCUGUGAUGGCAUUGACCCUGAUGACAACUCCCGUGUCUCCAUCACUUUCUUCCGGCUUUUCCGGGUGAUGCGGUUGGUGAAGCUGCUGAGCCGGGGAGAAGGUGUCAGGACCCUCCUGUGGACCUUCAUCAAGUCAUUCCAGGCUUUGCCCUAUGUUGCCCUGUUGAUUGUGAUGCUGUUCUUCAUCUAUGCUGUGAUUGGAAUGCAGAUGUUUGGGAAGAUUGCCAUGGUGGAUGGUACCCAAAUCAACCGGAACAACAACUUUCAAACCUUCCCACAAGCUGUGUUACUGCUAUUCAG